AGUUGAAAUAGUAGUUUGAAAAUUGUUUUUUCUCGAUGUUCUAGAUUAUUCUCACUAAUAGGUUUCAAAAUUUCAAUUUUAAUUGAUUGAUCUUUCAAAUUAGAUCGGUAUUUUAUUUAUUUUUUGAUAUAUUGGACAGAUAGAUAUUAUACUAGAUUAGAUAGUCCUAUAUGGAUAAUGUAGCCUACAUGUAGAUAGAUUUAGGUUUAUAAAUUUAGGUGAUCCUUCUGAAUAGAUGGUUUUAUAUUAGAUAGAUGUUGUAGUCUGCAAUACAUUAGUGAUUAGUUAGUUAGGCCUACUGUAUUAUAUUGUCAUUAGAAGUUUGUAAUCUUGGUGGAGGUUCAUUUCUACCUCAACUUAUAUAUACACAUUUCAUAUUUCCAAUAUUUCCAAAUCACCUCUUUAGCUUUUAAUCCAUCCCUGAAUAGGUUUAGCAGUUUCCUUAUCCUUGUCAGGUAGCGUAAUAUCUUUUUGAUUCAGGGAUUUCUUGAUAUAACACUUCUGCCUAGGUGUCUUGUGAAUUUCAUAUCCCUCUAAGGGGAGAAACAGCACAGGCACAUAUCCUAACAAUACUAAAUCUAUUUCUUUUCUUUUUUUUUUUUUUCCCCCCAUUCUGCACGAACCGACGCCAUAUUACUGUACUUUCAAAAACUGUAGUUCUAAACAAACUGAUACUAUUUUUCUGAUCUGAUUUAUGACCAUAAAAUGUCUAGGGAACGGCACAAAAGUAUGGUUGGAUCUCUUGUUCAAUCUCUUACUGAUUUCGCAACAAGUACCCUUGUCCCUGGAAGUGUUGAUAAUUUAGACCGUGAGCAAGAACCUCCAUUCUUCGAUAGUCAAAGCUCCUGUGAUAAACCCAUCACACUUCCUAUUGUAAAAAUGUCCCAAAACGUAGCAAAUUCGCCAGAAUCAAACCCAGAGCAAAAUGACAGGAACAUAGGGAAAUAUCAGUCCUCACAAGAAACCACAAUUCAAAAGGAACCAGAAAAGAACGCAAGUAAAUGUGAAUACUGCCAAAAGAACGCAAGCAUGUUAGAAUGCGAAUAUUGUCGGAAAUGGUCAUGUUUAAAAUGCCAAAAUGUGCCCAAACCAAUGUGGAAAGCUAUCCACAACCAUCAGGAUCUUCACUGGUACUGCCGCACAUGUGAACCCAUAGUAGAAAAUAAACUUUCAACCGACGGAAAAAAUGACCAUGAGCUAGAUUGUAUAAUGCCAUUGCUAAAAGAGCAACUAGCCAAUAUAACAAGCAACCUAGAUGAGUGUUUUAGAAAGCAAAAUCUAGCCAUAUCAAACAAAAUAGCAAAAUUACAAGGGGAUUUGAAUACCAAACUUGCAAACAGUAGAGUCCCAAACCAACUCAAUGAAAUCAGAGACAAAAUAGAUCGCUUUCAAAUACCUGCUGAAACAGAUCUCAAAAACGCUAUGAAUGAAGCAGCCAGAAAUAUCAAUGAAAAUAUCAUGAAUGAAGCAACAAAAAGUAUCAAUAUAAAGGGUCUUGAAGAUCAAAUGCAGGGAAAUAUAAAAAAUCUACAAUCAAAAAUUGAUGAAGUCAAAACCAUCGUACAAAAGUCGGAGGUCAAGCCUGAUUUACUAUCUGAACUGGAAGAGCGUGAAAAACGAAAAUAUAAUCUGGUCCUACAGAAUGUACCGGAAAGCCUUAAACAGACACCAAGGCAAAGACAGUUAGAUGACAACCAGUUGGUGAAUGACAUAAUUGAAUACCAGUUAUCUAUUGAGACUAAAGUUGUGAGAUCAAUGCGACUAGGAAGACCUAGGGAAGAUGGAGAAGCUAGACCACUACAAAUCACCUUAGAAGACCAGUACAAUAGGAAUGAAAUCCUCCGAGCUGCUCCUAAACUCCGCAGAAGUGCUCAGUGGGGAACAAUCUUCAUUUAAGCAGAUCUUACUAAAUAUGAGAGGAAGGUUGCCUUCGAGCUUAGACAGGAAUUGAGGAGAAGGGUGAGUAAUGGUGAAAGAAAUCUAGUCAUCAGAGAUAACAAGAUCAUAAGAAGAUUCACUACAAAUCAGACAAGGGGUCCCCAGAGGAGUCAACCACAAAGAAUCCAACAACAGACCUUUAUGGUCCCAGAUAAUGAUCCGACCACAGA